UGACGGUGGGAUGACUCUGCCUUGAAGCCGGAGGCUCGGCGCGGGACGGUUUCUGGUCUCCGGCGCAGCGGAUUUAGCCCUGCACGCGCCUGCUAAAAUAGAAAUGGAAUGAUAAGCGACGGCGCGAGAUGGCCCAGCGGUGAGACGAGCUUCAACUUUCCUGCGCAGCUCCGCGUCGACAUGGAUGAGUUCCAUCCGUUCAUCGAGGCCCUGCUGCCCCAGGUGCGUGCCUUUGCCUACACUUGGUUUAACCUCCAGGCCAGAAAAAGGAAAUACUUCAAAAAAUAUGAGAAGAGGAUGACAAAAGAAGAAGAGAGUGCUGUCAAAGAUGAACUGCUGGGGGAGAAGGCGGAGGUAAAACAGAAAUGGGCCAGUCGUCUGUUGGCCAAACUAAGAAAGGACAUCCGACCUGAAUGCAGAGAAGACUUUGUUUUGUCCGUCACAGGGAAGAAGUCGGCAUGCUGUGUCAUAUCAAAUCCUGACCAGAAAGGCAAAAUGAGACGCAUUGACUGCCUACGACAGGCUGACAAGGUAUGGAGGUUGGAUUUGGUUAUGGUAAUCCUAUUUAAAGGAAUCCCAUUGGAAAGUACAGAUGGGGAGCGGCUGGUGAAAGGAAGCCAGUGUUCCAACCCAGUGCUCUGUGUUCAGCCUCGACACAUCUCUGUCUCUGUUAAAGAAUUAGACUUGUAUCUGGCUUACUAUGUACAAGAGAGAGAGGCAGUGCAGACCAUCAGUCCUUGUCGUACAGGGGCGGGUUCUGACCAGGAAGACAGUCAAACUGCCACCAUGGAUGGUCCAGAGUUCCAGGAAAGUUUCGUGACAUCAGGAGUUUUCAACGUCACUGAGCUGGUCCAGGUCUCGAGAACUCCUGUAGUAAUUGGAGAAGGUCCUAGUUUCUCUCUUGGAGAGCUGCAAGGUCAUCUGGCUUAUGACCUUAAUCAGUCAGUCAACCAGCCGGUCAGCCUGAGAAGAUCAAUGGCUAGCACAUCAUCUAGCGGGAGUAAACGUCACAAAUCAGGCUCGAUGGAGGAGGAGGCAGACAGUCCUGGAGGGGAUUAUUACCCCUCGCCCUCCUCCCCUGCUAGCAGUUCCAGGAACUGGACUGAUGACGUUGAAGGGGGUCUGUCUCCUCCAGUGAAGAAGGUAGAGCUGGACAGUCCCUCACCCCAAGAGGACUCGUCAAGACUGGGUUCCUUCACCCAACACCACCGACCUGUCAUAGCUGUUCACAGUGGCCUGUCUCGGAGUUCCCACCCUUCUUCAUCACUCCACUUUCCCGCCUCUUCUUACUUCCCCCAUGGAGCAAUCCGUUACUCUCCCCACCUUUCCCAAGACCCUCUUAAAGAUCUGGUGUCACUGGCUUGUGACCCCACCAAUCAGUCCCCCAGCUCAAUGAAUGGCAGUGGCCAGGUUAAAGUCCCUAGUCAUUACAUCUCCUCUCAAGUUCUGGUCCCCCCUGGUCCAGCCCCCUCCCUGGCCCUGCCUACCUCUUCCCUCCCCAGGCUGUCACUACCUGCAGACUCCAAGGCCAGUACCACCUCUUCUGAUGGGGGGACCAAUUCCCCAACAUCACCCAUCCUGGUACCUGGGAAACUGAGUGAGCGCUACAGGGAAGAACAUGACCACGGCAUCACAUCAACAGCGUUCUUAUGACGACACACAGCACAAGGAAAAUAAACUCAUGUGGAAACUUAGCAUGUGGUGGUACAUGUAUAAAUAUAUAUCUAGAAAUACUUAUAUAUGUAUCGACACAGCAGAGUUGUCAGAGACCGCUUGGAUGGACAAAGACAAGUCGAGAGGUUGAGGCAUUCUGCUACUUCUCACUUGUGCCGAAAAGUAAUGCCAAAAAGGUAUGAGGAUUGACAUAAGAUGGCCUUCAAUGUGCAUACUUCCGGUGAAAAUAUCAGGAAAGAAGGGGAAGUCUGGGUAGUCUACAGACUGUUUCACCCGACUCAACUCAACCCUCCUAUCGAGCGUCUACCCUCAGUCUGCUGGUUAGAAUCGGCUCUGUGCAUCACUGUAGUCCGCUGACUUCCGGUUUCUACUGCAGCGGUCUUACCAGUUUCCUGUUUGUUGGCGUGUGCUGUUGACAAUGGCAUG